AUGGAAGCAAAAACGCUGCUGCUUCUGAAUGCCGCUUCGAUAGUUGUCAUUUCGUUCGCCACUGAUAACUGGAUUCAAGUAUCCUACAGUAUCUCUGCGGUGCCCGACUAUUGUACUCUGCAUCAGAUGCCCGAUUUUCACAUUUUGCAAUGUAGCACCGAUCGUCGGCUUAUCAACCCGCAGUACUCCAACUUAUUUCGUCAGUGCAAUGAUUUGACAGGUCCAUCCAUAUUCAGCUCAUUUUCACUGUAA